GUAAUAACAGCCCUGACGAAUGUGAAUAAGAAACACGCAUGCACGGAGUGAAUUGUCCUUCAGAAAUAAACCUUUAAGGAUGGUUUGAAAGCCCAAUUUCUAAACGAACCAACCUACCUUUUCCCGUAUGCAAAACCCACCGUGGAUAUGGGUCGUGGGGAAAUUUCACGGCUUGUUUCGAACGUGCUCUCCCGGACCAGCGCUCCCCCGACCCGGCCUAUCAGUAGGGAAAAUGCUCCCCCAACACAUUACCUCGCGCAACCUUCCCCACGGGCAAAGGGAGACGAUGCAAGGGAUGCUCCACCGUCUGCACGUCACCGUCCGCUCCGCUGCCGCAGCCUUUCCUUGACACGGUCGCGAGCGGGACACGAGAUCUUCUUCGAUUCUUGAUCUCCAAGAUCCAAUACAAGGUCGGCUCUCCUGCAAGUCUGUGGCACAUGGAGCGAACCGAGCAAGUCCGCGCCUCCACCAGCGUCCACCGCUCCUCCACCAAGCAAGUUCUUCUCACCCUCUCUACUCGUUUCCUGGAUGCGAAUUCAACUCACGUCGGCCAGGGGUGAACCAAGAAUAAAAUUAGAGUGAGAGCAUACUUGUAAGGAUGAACAUCAAAAUACCAGAGCAUGGACAUCUAAGUUGGACUGACUAGGGGACCAUAUGGUGAAAUCUGAACUAUAAUACUUGCAACAGAGAAGUGAGCGAGGGCCUAGGCCCUCACUCACAUGUAUGUAGGUCCGCCCCUUCCAAGAGAUGCACUUAGAGCGAAUUCAAUGUUUGGACAAGUUCUAAAAGGCCCUAGGAACAUAUUGGAACACAUUAGAAAAGUUAGAAAGGUCAGAUAUUCAAUAUGAUGUUCUAGGAGCUAAGUCUCAGUGACAUUUAGUGAAAGGGUUGAGCAGGUCUAAAAUAUGAAGAACUAUGACUCAAUGUGGUUGGAUGGACUAAGGAUAAGUUUAUCUAAGUCAUAUAAGUGCUCAAGAGUAUAUCGAAACGAAGAGAACAAAAGAGAAGAAAAGAAUGUCUAGAAAGGACAAGUCUAGCUACUUUGAGGUGCACCGAGCUGGUCUGGUUUGGCACCGGACCGGGCACCAAACUAGGCACCUAGAGACCUUGUUUUUUGGGCAACAGUGACCUGGCGCACCAGACCAGCCCGAUAUAACUGGACUCGACACCCAGAGAGAAUGCUUUUCAGACUUUGGCAGCUCAGGUGCACUGGACUAGUCUAGUGUGCACUAGACCAACAAUGUUUCCAAUGGUUGAAAAGGCUUGGUACAAUAGUCCGCUGACGUGGCUAAAUAAUGUGUGGUCUGGUGUGGCACCGGACUGGUCAGGAGCACACUGAUAACUUUCGCACAAUGACUACAAACAAGACAGAGUGUUAGAGGUUCGGUGAGCACUGGACUUGCUACAAUGAGAGGUAUGAUGCAUACAUUUUAAAAACAGAUUUGGGAGUUGUGUUCCAACAUCUAUGUGAGGGUUUGGUGUUAUAUAUAUGAUCCAACUAGUGUGUUACACAUCCAAGAGUCGAGCAAACAAGUCUAUACACAAGAGCAACACAUCCAAGUGACUAAAGAGUCCCGAGUGCCACAAAUUUAGUAGAGGGCUAGUCUUAGCCAUUCUUUAUGAGAAAUUGAACUAGUGCACUUAAGUAAGUUAAGUUGUGGAGUUGUGUUGCGAUCUUUGAGCUUGGAGCUAAGACUCCCACUAAGAUUGUAGAAGCGUGCAAGAGUCUCCAAGUGUGUGGAGAGACUUGCGGAGUCACGAACUCAUUGAGUAAGGGAAAGAGGACUCAUGUUUGAUCUUUGUGAUCACUUGAGUGAGGAAAGGGUUGAGAGACCCAAUCCUUAGGGGACUCCUCAAUGAAGAUGUAGGUUUCUUUGUGAAACCAAACUCCAGUAACAAAUUGUCGUGUCUCUCUGAUAGUUGCCUAAAGGGGAGGUGAAUAGGAACUCCUGAAUAUUUCACAAAUUCAAAACAAACUUGAUCCUAAUUAGAUGUUAGCACAACAUAUAGAUCAAAUCAAAGUGAGGAAGAAUGAAGUUCUUGCAGUUGUUUUCUCUCUUGAUUGUGGAUUAGAGAAUAGAGCAGAAUCACAAGUGAAGAAUAAGCAAUAACUUAGAGAGGGGAGAAGGGAAGAAUUACAAAAGAUAAAGCACACAAUUCAUAGACAAUUUUUCCCGUAGUUCGACCAAGCCUCAAAUGAUAGCCUACAUCCACGUUGUGGUGUCCAAAAGGACGAGGGUUGCACCCAACCCUUCUCCAGUGAUCCAAAGAUCAAUUUGAGGCCACAAAUUCCACUUAUAAUAUUCUCCUCACAAGGAUCUACAUAGAUCAAAGUCUCUUGCUAUUUGUACACAGGUUGAUGGGAGUUACAAUCUCCAAAAAAGCAAGAGGGAGGAAUAAACACAUACAAGAGCAUAGUAACAACACUAAGAGAUCGAAGAAUGCAAGCACAAAACUGAAACAAAGCCCUCUCUCGCGAAUACGAGCACUUGGAUCACUUGGUGUGCUUCUCUAAUGCGCAGGAGUGAGUAUGCUAGCUCUUGAGUUCGUUGUUGUAUUGAGGGGGAUAGUUUGGGGGUUCUAUUUAUAGCCCCUGUUGGGGGCCUUCGGCUUCCGAAGGUCCUCAAAAACAUGAUUUAACAAUGCCUCUGGAGUAUAAUGUGUGGACAGGGAUCUUCGAACAAGAACCCACGGUAUGAAGAAGCACGAAAACAAUACGAAGGAUGAAACAGAGCCGAAGUUAUGCGCAAGGGAGCUUCGGCAUGAUGACAGAAAAGAGGAAACUGACUUAAAGAGGAAAAGACUAUCUAGACCUAGAUAGAUUACUAUAGAGUUAUUGUCAAAAGCAAAGGGCCUGGAUGUAAUUUUGCAUGGGCUGCGACCUGUGCCUAUAAAUAGGUGAACAAUAUUCCCGUACUGUUCACGCUGACUUGGCAUUCACUUUCGCGUCACGCUUGUACCCUUGCUUUCCUUCGAGCCGAAGGUACAUUUAUAAUUUGUUAUUUUUGAUACAGUAACGCAAAUAAAAAUAAGUUGAUAAUAAUGUUUAAAGUGUUUAUGUUAUUUUUCAUAUCUUGCAUAUGAAUCCUUCUUCAUCAUUUAUUGUGCUUAUGAAGGUUUGUCCUUCAUAACCUUCGUCCGGAAUUCAUUAUAUCCGAAGGGAGAUAAUGCUUUGAAGGACGAAGGACUUUAACAUUUAACACUUUCUAUGUUGCCUUGUUCUUAACUCUUAGCAUUUGAGAACAAGUCCCCAACAUUGGCGCCCACCUCCGGUGAACUCACUUCCACUUUUUGAGUUUCGAACACCUUCGGCAAGCAUAGACCUUCGUCAUGCCGCCAAAGAAAGCUUCAGCAACAGGGGCUGCCGCUCUGCAGCCGCUGGACCCCAACCAGGAGAGCCUCUCUCUUCGGGAGGCCCGAAGUCAGAAGAGGAAGGCCACCAGUCCAACGCCUCAGGAGGACGACUUGGAUCAAGAGAUCAGAAAUAUGGAGAUGCUCCAUCAGCAGGUGCAGAGGAAGAAGGAAAAGAUGGCUAGGCUAGCUGACCUGCAAAGGCAGAUUGACGAAGCCUCUGAAGAAGUUCGCCAUCUUGCUCAAGAUGAGCAGAACCGAAGGCCUCAGCACAGAGAGCAUCAUCAAGAGGGCUUCUUCAACGAGGAUGACUGGUAUGAGGAUUUCCAUCAUGGAAAUUUUGCUUUUGAUGAUGCUUCUCCUCUGUCAGCAGAACUGCAGGCUACACCUUGGCCUCCGUCUUACAAGCCACCUCAACUCCCCAUGUACGACGGACACUCAGAUCCGAAGCAGUUUCUGAUGAGCUACGAAGCAACGAUAUCUUCCUAUGGUGGCAAUACUGCAGUCAUGGCAAAGUCUUUCGUCAUGGCUGUCAAGAAUGUUGCACAAACCUGGUACUCCUCUCUUCGGCCAGGAACAAUCACAUCAUGGAAGAAGCUGAAGGAUAUGCUGAUUACCAGUUUCCAAGGGUUUCAAACGAAGCCGGUCACCGCUCAAGCUUUAUUCCAGUGCACCCAAGAUCACGAAGAAUAUCUUCAGGCGUAUGUCCAAAGGUUCUUACGCCUGAGGGCACAAGCGCCAACAGUGCCCAAUGAAAUUGUCAUUGAGGCCAUGAUUAAGGGGCUUCGGCCAGGACCUUCAGCCCAGUACUUUGCCAGGAAGCCCCCUCAAACUCUGGAGAAACUGCUUCAGAAGAUGGAUGAAUAUAUCCGCGCUAACAAUGACUUUCGACAGAGAAGGGAGGAAGCUUACAGGUUCUCCGAAAUAGCCAGGGGCUUCGGAGGAAGAAUUCAUCCUAGACAUGUCAGAUCGAUUCAUUCCACUCAGAAUGAUGAUAGGGGAAGCCAGCAGCAGAGGCCACAAUAUUCCUCCCAGGCUUCGGGGCAGCAGCAGAGCUAUCCUUGGCCCCCAGCUCCAAGGGGCAGAGGUGCCAGGGGCUUCGGAGGAAGGUUUGGGGAUCAGCCCAGGAAAAUUUAUUGCCUAUUCUGUGGUGAGGACAAGGGCCACACCACCAGGAUGUGCCAUGUCACCAUCCAGAAACAAAAGGAAAUAGCAGAAGCUGCAGCCCAACAGAGCCAGUCGAAGCAAGUUAUGCAUACUGCUUCGUACCACUCGCCUUAUAUUCUAGAGUAUGUGGACAACCACCCUGCAACUUCUGUUGCUUCGGCAAGCCAACCUCAGGCAUCUUGGCAACAGCCUCCACCUCCACCACCAAUGCAACGAGGCCAGCAGCCAGAAGGGAGUCAGCAUACUCAACACCAACGAGACUUCAGAGAAGAGUUCGAAGCUCGCACAGUCAAUAGUACUAUGCCAGAAUCGAAGCACAUUUACUAACAAAUAUCCUACCUCGGCAGCAGUUUUUGCAUUCAAUAUCAUUUUCUUUUUAAUAAGGAACAAUUAUUGAAAGCCUAAGUGUUUUUUUGUCGUUUUCAAUUUCUUGUAAUAGCUUCGCUUUUGCCAUAGUAAAAAUAUACCUUCU